AUGACCUCAUUCAAACCCUCGCGGAUCCUGAUCUUCGGUGCUACAGGGCAAAUCGGAUACUUCAUCACCGAGGCCAUCCUGUCUGCGAACCCCGCCUUCCCCCACGUCACCAUCUUCACGAGCGAGAACACGGCCUCGACCAAGGCCGACCUCCUCAAGAACUGGACCUCCCGCGGCGCCUCCGUCAUCACGGGAGACGUCACGGACAAGAACCAAGUCCUCGCCGCCUACAAGGACAUCGACACGGUGGUUUCGGCCGUCGGCCGCAACGUCCUCGACCACCAGACGAAUCUGCUGCAGUGGGCCGACGAGCAGGAGAAUGGCAGCGUCAAGUGGUUCUUCCCGUCCGAGUACGGCACGGAUAUCGAGUAUGGGCCCAAGAGCGCGACGGAGAAGCCGCAUCAGCUGAAGCUGAAGGUGAGGAAGUUUGCGAGGGAGCAGCUGAAGAGGGUUAAGCCCACUUACCUCGUCACGGGGCCUUAUGUGGAUAUGUACUUUACGCUGCCCGGCUUCAAUGAGAGGAUUGGAGGGUUCGAUGUGAAGAAUAAGAGGGCCAUCUUGGUCGAGGAUGGGAAUGGCAAGGUGGGGUUCACCACCAUGAGAGAUGUUGGGAAGGGUGUGGUCGCGGCUCUGAAACAUCCUGAGGCAUCAUUCGACCGAGCCGUCAAGAUCCAGUCGUUUGUGGUAACACCCAAGGAGAUCCUGGCUGAGUUCGAGAAGCAGACGGGUGGCCAGCCGUGGAAGGUGGAAUACACUUCCCUCGACGACCUACGCAAGCUCGAGGACGAUGCUUGGAAGGAAGGAAAGGGUUGGGCUACCCUAGCUACCCUUCGAAGGAUAUGGGCUGAGGGCGGCACGUUGUACGAUAAGACGGACAACGAGGCUAUUGAUUUGCGGGAUGAGGAUUUGGAGAACCUUGAGACGACCGUGCAGAGGGAAAUUGCAAAGAGCGCCUGA